CAGUGAGCGAGCAGAUGGUGGGGCUGCACUGGUACCGGUGUCGGGCGCGUCUCAGUGCGGCUGACCUGCACCAGGCAGAUGCUCGUCACAGCAGCCUCGCCUUACGGAGGAGCUACUGCGCUAAUUUUUGUUUUUAAAACUUGCUCAAAUAUGUGCAUUUAGCCGCGCACCAUCGUCAUCAGUGUUGAGGAGCUGCGGAUGCUGCAUGGGUCACAGCUUAACGUCGUUCUCCUCCGCGCAUCGUAGGUCGAGACAAGAAGAGGAAAACAUCCGAGGUUGAGAACUGAUGUUCUUGAGGACGCCAUUUGCAAAGAUUUUAUUCUGGAUUAGGAAAAAGGAGAUUCAUAAGGACUGCUGACAACAGAGGAGACCUAUGGUGAACAUUCCCUUCAAGCCUUUACUUCAACAACUGGCUUUCAUCUAACUAUACAGCAUGGCGCUGGGUGGCCUGCCUUGGCCGCCUCUACUAUGGCAGUACAUGGCCAUACUUCUGGCCUUGCAGUUGCCUGUUCAUGCCACAGAUUGUCCUCAUUUGUGUGUAUGUGAGAUACGACCUUGGUUUACUCCCCAGUCCACUUACAAGGAGGCUACAACUGUGGACUGCAAUGAUCUAAGGCUGACACAUGUCCCUAUCAACCUUUCAACAGACACUCAAGUGUUACUGCUCCAAAGUAAUGCCAUAUCUCACACUGGGAGUGAGCUGGAAGCCCUACAAAAUCUGACAGAGUUGGACCUGUCCCAGAACAACUUCAGCUCAGUACAAGCUGUAGGCCUCAAAAGUAUGCACCAUCUUACUACUUUGCAUCUGGAGGAGAACCAGAUCAGCCAGCUGCAAGACAACUGUCUGGGGAAUCUCUCUAGCUUGCAGGAGCUCUACAUUAACCAUAAUUUCAUAAACUCCAUCUCCCCCCGUGCAUUUGCUGGUCUUCACAAUCUUUUGCGUUUACACCUAAACUCCAAUAAGCUUCACGUCAUUGACAGCCGCUGGUUUGCAGAAACCCCUAACCUAGAGAUCCUCAUGAUUGGAGAAAACCCUGUCAUUGGCCUUUUGGACAUGAACUUCAAGCCUCUUGGAAGUUUGAGGAGUUUGGUCCUGGCUGGAAUGGAUCUUUUUGAUGUUCCUCCAAAUGCAUUUGUAGGCUUGGACAACCUGGAGAGCAUAUCAUUCUAUGACAACAAACUGGUCAGAAUCCCUCAACUGGCACUUGAGAAAGUCCCCAAUUUAAAAUUUCUGGAUCUGAACAAAAAUCCAGUUCAGAAAAUCCAGGAAGGAGACUUCCGAAACAUGCUUCAUCUAAAAGAGUUAGGAAUCAACAACAUGAUGGAAUUAGUGUCUAUUGAUCGCUAUGCUUUGGACAACCUACCAGAACUGACCAAGUUAGAGGCAACAAACAACCCCAAGCUGUCCUAUGUCCACCGCCUGGCCUUCAGGGACAUGCCCUCCUUGGAGAGCUUGAUGCUUAAUAAUAACGCUCUAACUGCUCUAUACCAGCAUUCGGUAGAGGCUUUGCCGAACCUUCGGGAGAUCAGUCUACACAGCAAUCCAUUGCGGUGUGACUGUGUCAUUCAGUGGAUGAGUUCCAACAAGACCUCUGUACGCUUCAUGGAGCCCUUGGCAAUGAUUUGCACUUCCCCGCCUGAACUCAGGGGCCAGCAUGUUCGAGAACUCAGGUUUCAAGAGUCCUCAGAGCAGUGCAUCCCACUGAUAUGCCACGAUACCUUCCCCAGCCAUCUCAACCUAAAUCUGGGAAUGAGUGUCAGUCUGGAUUGUCGAGCCAUGGCUGAGCCAGAGCCUGAGAUUUACUGGGUAACCCCUCUUGGAAGCAAAAUCACUAUGGACACUGUGUCAGAGCACUAUCAUCUGAGCAGCGAGGGGACUCUGUGGUUGUCCCAUGUACAGGUAGAAGACUCAGGACAUUACACAUGUGUGGCUCAAAACAUAGAAGGCGCUGACACACGGGUUGCCUCAAUUCGAGUGAAUGGCACCCUGCUUGACAGUGCUCAGGUCAUGAGGAUCUAUGUUAAACAGACCGAGUCCCACUCCAUCCUUGUCUCUUGGAAAGUCAACUCCAACGUAAUGUCCUCUAACAUAAAAUGGGCCUCUGCCACCAUGAAGAUUGACAACCCGCACAUAACAUACACGGCUCGGGUACCUGUAGAUGUUCAUGAAUACAACCUGACUCAUCUUCAGCCUGCCACAGAGUAUGAGGUAUGCCUAACAGUCUCCAACAUCCACCUGCAGACACAUAAGUCUUGCGUAAAUGUCACGACCCGUAGCGCGACCUUUGCCCUCAACCUGUCUGACCAGCACCCAAGCGCUGCAGUGCUGGCAGUCAUGGCAACCGCAUUGGCCUUCCUCAGUCUGGCUACUGUUGGCAUCUACACUGCCCGCAGAUGGAAGAGAAAGAACUAUCACCAUUCCUUGAAGAAAUAUAUGCUUAAAACCUCCUCCAUCCCUCUCAAUGAGCUUUACCCUCCACUCAUCAACCUGUGGGAGGCUGACGGAGAGAAGGACAAAGAUGGAAGCACAGAAGGAAAACCCUCGCCUGUUGACACCACACGUAGCUAUUACAUGUGGUGAAGAUGUAGCAAGGAGGCUUCAUUGUCUCUUAAGCAGCACAAAAAGACUGGAACUUUUGCUAUUUUGGUGCAAAAGUCACAUUAAAUUGUAUCGUGGGCUUUGCUGAUGCGUGGCAGAGUGAACAAGUUGGGGAUUUUUAGUAGUAUAGCGUAUCGCGUUGAUUCUUUCGAUUUUUGUUUUUGUCUUGAAGGAAGCAGCUGUAUUUUAGCUUCAAUGUUACUUUAGUUGCUAUGCUGUAUCUGUGGUGUAUCUAACUCACUUUUACUUGGGUUAAUAAUACUGCAGAACUGGCCACAGGUCUUGUGGCAGCAUUAGUAAUGAUGAGUUUUUUUCUUUCUGUUUUGUAAAACAGGUAAACUUUGUGCACCAAUAGGUACUGAAGUUUGUAUAAACUUCAACAGAUAAAAGCUGACAGCGGGGUUUAGACUUGUUACAUUGUCUACUGAAUGUUAGCAACUGUGCAGUAAUGUUGUAUCAACUAUACCUUUCAACUUUCGGAUAAAGAAAAAAAAAAAAGCAUAUAUAUUUUAGUUUCCAGGUAAUUGUGAUGUUAAAUGCUAGAAAUUCAACUGUUGGUUAGAACUUUUUACAUUUAUUUUUUAAUUAAUGAACUUUAGAUCUACAUUUUUGCUCUCUUCCUCUUAAAUACCAUGGGGAUGUAUUUUAUUUUGCGAGGUUUUUGCUGAUUGGUUAGUAUAUUUUCCAUGUAUAAUGUUACAUUGAGAAUGUCAAAAAUAAAUACUUUUCUGAUUCUUUUGCACAUUUAGUCUUUGUUUCCCCUCAUAUUUCAGUUUUAGGAGGCUGAUUUAACACAAUUCAUAGCAGCUUGUAGAGUAUUAUGUGAGCUACAUGUUCAUUUCAUUGGUGAAUAAACAAUGUUAUUUUUAAGAAGUGGUUUGAGAUCCCUUUGAAAAGACGAAGAUCAAAAUCAGGGGUUUCAAACAACAAAAUUAUCGUAAUGGAUUGUUUUGCAAGGCCAUUAUGAUCAUCACCGAUGUUGAUGUUUGACUGUAACAUAUUUUUACUAGGGCUGUUAAACGAUUAAAAUUUUUAAUCGAGUUAAUUACAGCUUAAAAAUUAAUUAAUCGUAAUUAAUCGCAAUUCAAACCAUCUAUAAAAUAUGCCAUAUUUUUCUGUGAAUUAUAUAUAUAUUCUGUAAAAUAAAUUGUUGGAAUGGAAAGAUAAGACACAAGAUGGAUAUAUACAUUCAACAUACGGUACAUAAGGACUGUAGUGGGCAUUUCACUCUACUGUCAUUUAAAUCUGUCUAUGCUGUCCUCACUCCGAAGCGUCUACUUUUUCCAAAGCUAGACAGCUAGUGAACGACGCCUUAAUAAUCAGACUUCUUCAUUUUUCAUCUGAUUUAUUAAUAAAAUGGCCUCAAACCAUUGUCCUCUUUAGACCGUAGUGAAACUACAAAAAAAAAAGUACACAAGCAUUGCAUUAGCAACAACGUUAGCUUAGCACGCUAUACAGGUUAGCUAAACAUAAACAAAAAGCGUCUCAUACAAAAAAUACAACAUUUCGCUUAUUAACAUAAUAUGUACAUUCUUUACAACAACCAUACUUACGGACAAAUCUUGUCCAUGGAUCAUAUAAGCACAACAGAGACGUCGUGCAGCCAUAUUGAACUGGCAAGAAAACAAACCAUGUCGCAAAGCGACCACAAGAGUUCGCUGUUAGACAGCACAAAAACCCUUGCUGUAAAACUUACCAAAAAGCAGAAUACUGUCUGAGCGGGACAUGUGCGUUAAUUGCGCCAAAUAUUUUAACGUGAUUAAUUUAAAAAAUUAAU